AUGCCUUGUGUGCCCUACGGGGCUUUCCAUCAUCAGAAUCUGCCCGUUACCUGUGCAUUUGUCUGCUCUUGUUUGCUACUCCUGGUGCAUUCUGCCUUUAGCCAAAAACCUGCCAAAUUGCCCCUGGUGGGCCGCAAGCCAUUCCUAGCAGCAUGGAAUGCUCCCCUGGACAUGUGCACUCUUAAAUACAACAUGAACAUCAGCCUUGACCUCUUCCACAUCAGUGGUAGCCCACGAGCUGUUCACAGAAGCCAGAACGUUACCAUUUUUUAUGCUAACCGCCUGGGCUACUACCCAUUCUAUACGGAGCAAGGGGUGCCCAUAAAUGGAGGUCUACCUCAGAACUGCAGUUUGGAGGCACAUCUCCACAAGGCUAGCAAAGACAUUGCACACUAUAUUCCCUCGGAGGACUUCCGUGGCCUGGCGGUCAUUGACUGGGAGUACUGGAGGCCACAGUGGAGCCGCAACUGGAAUAGGAAAGCCAUCUACCGGCAGCGCUCGCGUGAGCUAGUCUCCCAGGCCUACAUUAAUGUGACCGAGGGCCAGAUAGAGGAGCUAGCACGCCUGCGCUUCGAGAAAAGUGCCAUGGCUUUUAUGCAGGGCACACUGCAGCUGGGUACGCAGACUCGUCCCAAAGGCCUCUGGGGCUUCUACCUUUAUCCAGACUGUCAUAACUACAACGUCCAUGCACACAACUACAGCGGCUCCUGCCCCAGGACAGAGAUCCACCGCAAUGACCAGCUGCUCUGGCUGUGGAACAGCAGCACUGCCCUCUUCCCUGCGCUGGCCAUUCGUAAAGGUCACAUGGACAGCAUUCGCAACCUGCACUUCUCUCAGAACAGGGUCCUGGAGGCACUGAGGCUAGCUGCACAUACUGCACUGCCCUACGAGCUGCCCACUUAUGUGUACACAAGGCUGGGAUACCGAGAUGAAGCCAUGGCUUUCCUCUCACAGAAGGACUUAAUACACACAAUAGGGGAGAGUGCUGCGUUAGGGGCUGCUGGCUUUGUGAUCUGGGGGGACCUCAACCUCACAUCUUCCAAACACAACUGUUCCAAGGUGAAAGCAUUCCUCAGCCACAGACUGGGUCUGUAUAUCACCAAUGUGACCUGGGCAGCAGAAGUGUGCAGCAAGUACUUGUGUCAGUCUAAUGGCCGCUGCAAACGGCGAGAACCGCAGGCACCACAUUACCUGCACCUGAGCUGCAGCAGCUAUCGCAUCCUCCGCAACCGCAAUGGCACAUUCAAUGUCACUGGCUGGCACUCGCAGCAUGAACUGCAGCUCCUUGCCGAAAGGUUCCGCUGCCACUGUUAUGAGGGCUACAGUGGAGAAAACUGUGACAGCACUGAGCCAACACAGAAUGUAGAGGAUGAAGAGGAGCAGGAAGGAGAUCUUCAGGGAAGGGCAGAGAGCUCUGCAGUGUCUGUAGGAAAAACCCUCAUUUUACUUGUGCUGCUCAUCCUGUUUACCUUAAGCUGUGUUUAA